ACGAAGGGGAGUUCGCCAGCCCGCUUCGAGGGGCUGCAUUGCAGACCGGCAACGCCAGCAGACAAAAGCCGAGCCGUGGCGCCGGUGAGCACAAAGAACCACUCCAUCCUCCGAGCCCCUAGUUCUUCGGACAGCCUGAAAAUGCUGGACACCAUCAGCAGCCAGUACGACUCCUUCAUCUACUGGAGGAUGCCAAUCCCACGGCUGGACGUGGCGGAGCUGGAGGGGCUGGGGCUCAGCGACGUGACCCUCUACAAACCCAAGGGAGGGCUGGGCAAGUUCACCGGGGAGCGGAAACAGGACAGCCAGGACAGCUCCGAAGAAGAGGACAGUCUUCUGCAGUUCAACAGCUUUAACUUCUGGAGAGCUCCCAUCGCUAGCAUUAGCUCGUUAGAUUUUGAUCUAAUUUGAAGCCCUCCUUCCCCUCCCCCUGCCUCCCUGCCCUCUCUCUCUCUCUGUCUGCUAGGCAUGCAAGGAUUUGUUUUUUUUAGUUCUGUACAUUGUCAGUUUGGGGGUUGUUUUCUUCUUUCCAGACAGUUUUUGACACUGCAAAUUAACUAAGUGGUUCACCCCAGCCCUGUUGGCAAUUGAUAGUAUCAACCUCUGUCUCCACCUGUCCCCUAUUUUCUUCCCUUCCUGCAGCAGUGCUGGAAAUUCCAUGAUAGUGCAAACAGGGGCUAACACAGCUGGGGGCAAAUGUGAGGGGAAGGGGCAAAAACAGCCACCCCACUGCCCCCUGUGCCCAUGCCACAGGGCGCAGGACAUGUGGGGAGGUGUCCGUGCACAGCCUGCACCCCAUGACCACGUGUGUCUCUGAGCUCUGGGAUCGUGCUGUCACGGUGGGAGGGGCUGCGUUUCAGCUCAUUCCUCUUGUGCUAUUUUAAGAAACUCAUCUGUGCAAAGGGAGUAGCGUGGACCUCCAUUAACUGAUGGGAACCGUCUUUGCUUUGCAGACGGCAUCAUCUGUGCUCCUCUCCCAGGGACACACAGAGACCUGUGAGGCUCUGUGCCCCCCUGGCCCAGUUUCUCCAAAUGCUAAUUCAUUCCCUGACCUUCCCCUUGGGAUAAACAAGGUGGAAGAGGCAGAGAUGUGUGCUGGUCUAGGCGCAUGAGCCAAGUCUCUUUCUUGAAAAGAAAUAUCCCUUUGAGCCUGGCGGCCUGAGCCCAGCCAGGAGAAACAGGGGGGCAGAGGGUAAAUACGCAACAGCCGAAGCAUGGAAAUGCUCCAGCCUUAUUUGUGGACAAUUGAUAGGGUUAUGGUUGGGUGUUCACCACACUGGAUUUGAUUUUCUCCCUUUAUUAUCCCCUACUUACCUUAGCCCAUGCAUGACUCCUGACUUGGAGAGCAGCUGGGGUGAAUUGUGGGCUGUCCUGGUCACAGCCAGCCAGCAGGGCCGGACAGGUAAUAGGCUGAGCUGAAAGAUAGAAAGGAGAAUUAAUUUGAUGUCACCCUGAAAUGAAAAUGUUUCCAGUUCCCUGCCCAAAUAUCAGCCCCUUUCAAAAUAGCAACCAAAAAUGCUGCAUUUGUUCAAAUCGAAAUCUUGUCCAGAUGCUGUGUUUUGUUUGGGGGAGGUUUUAACCUGGGUUCUCAACAGGCUGAGGUCUAUUUCUCAGUGUCAUUUCAAAUUGGCCAGGGGUGGGGGGAGACUGAGGACAGACGGGCACUGAAUCAUUCUGGCUUUUACACAGUUUUUUCCCCAAUAUUGUUUUCUGGGGUGAGCCAACCUGUCAAGUUUGUCAUCCAGAAUGUGCUUUCUGGCUUAGAUUUGGUUCCAGGGGCCAGUUUGUGAAACUGUGAUGGAUAUCGGUAAAGUUGUGAUGUGAAACAUCUCAAAACCGUCCUAGGAAUGAGGGGGUAGGUGGCCAGCAGGAGGCUGAGGCAGCCUGAGCAGCUGCAAGGCUCCAAAAAGAGGCAAAUAUUGGAAACAACGUCACUCCAUAAAAAAAAAAAAAAAAAGGCAGCUCUCCUGUAAUCUCCAGAAAUUAUCCAGCCUGCUAACUUUAAAUCACCUAUUUUAAACCAGAGGUGAAAAAUGUAAACUCUCCUAUGCAGAGCUGUUUGAUUUCUGUGUCCCAAGCUGUGGAAACCACAGAAGUAUUUAUUAUGAAACUUUAAAUAAAAUUGUUAAAAAAAAUACACAUUCCUGUGGACGCUUAAAAAUCCAUAUAGACUAGAAUCCAGCUCUUUCUGUAAUUUGCCAUUAAAUUGGUUGAAGUCUUUUUAAAUGUGAACUGAAAACUGAAAUGAGAACAUGUAGCCUUGGAUGUAAUGUUUGUUUUUUUGGUUGGGAUGCUGAAAACUGAAGAGGAUGCUAAAUAAAAGGCCUAUUUCUGUGCCCCCUGCACCUGG